AUGACGCUUGAAGCGGCCAUCGUGUCAGAUAUUAACACAAAAUUGAUGCGCAAGUUUGCCUUCAAUACCACUGUCGUCACCAACUCCCUCGCCGCCGAUAAAAAUCUGGAGGUUCACGUCACCGUGACGCAGACUUUGCUUCCCGACGCCCUCACCCCGGAGCUGCAAAACAUUUGGGGCCCUGAGGAAGUGAACUCGAUGAUCACUCGAGCGGACUUCCACACGACGCUGGUGCCGUAUCCUGGGCCGGGCAAGGCAGUCCUCGUAAGUGUCCACGCCCCGGACAAGAGGAAGGCGUUCAACACGUGCACAGGCGCCUGCAAGGGCGCGAUUCUUGUCGGAGUUGUGGUGGCAGCGGGGAUGAUCGUUACCACGCUUGUCGUUUUAUUCUGUAUCUGCUGCAGGUGUGCGACGUAG